AGUACCUCCCUACCACCGUCGUGCACGGACGGGAGGGUUCUAACCAAGUUACCAUCCCCUUUAGGAAAUUGAGGCUCUUCGCAUCCAAUGAGCUUAUUUCAUCCUCACGUCGUCUUCUCCCUAACUGCUACCACAAUGGUAACAACUAGGAUCAUUUCCUUGCUGAACAAAGAGUUCAAUUUGCUGGUGUUAUUAUACCUCUCCUUGCAGAGUUAGCUUCUCGUUAGAGGUGUUGCAGGGCAGCACAGUGCCCCUACCCCUUUUUAGGUAGCCGCAGCAAGAAUUUGUCUACCUAUUAUGUCCACGAAAUGGCUUCCAGCACCUUCACAGGGAUCAUUGAGUCCAGAAUAGACUCGCUGAAUAUCCCCAUUUUAAAAUUUUCCUACUCCACUACUUCAGCAGACCGUGCCUCUCCCUUAGGAUGGACGCACCUCUCCAGCAGCGGUGACCUCGCGGUUAUUUUCGAUCAUAUCUUACCCCACGAGACCUCCUCUUCGUUCUCGCAGGGGGAUCAGCGUCUGAGAGUGCUUCGGGGGAGUGAUCUCUUGGAACAACUUAAUUUGAAUUCUUUGGCCAGAGAAGCAGCAGCGGGGUCAUCCCAUUCCCUCAUGCAGACUGCGAAAUCCCCGGUGGCCAUCAUCGUAAAAUCUCCUUGUCUAGCUGUGCGCUACCCCAUGAGAAACGAUCAGACCCGCCGUUUCCAGAUCAAGUUCCCCUCCGAUGCUGAUUACUCCCAUGCUGUAUCCGUAUUGAGUCAACUUGGCUGCCCAAUCACACAUUCUGCAGCAGUCCCCCCUCACCAGGCUUCGUCCAAUCGUCCAUUCUCUUCCUCGUCCCAAACUCCUCUAUUGCAGGUAGGUAAGGGCGAACACACAAUGUCGCCUGCAAUCUCAAAUCGACCAACAGUGGACCAACACCGGGUACUCCCAUGGUCCCCUUCCUUGACAGAGCCCAGCACGUCAGGGUCAUGUAUUAGUUCAUUCAACAACAACUCAACAAAUCCAAGCUCCUCCGAAGAAGCCCGAGGGCGACCACACACCUCGGCGCUGUCUAUUCCUCAGACAGGCACUCCCGGCAUUACUACAGCUCGUUUGCAUAACCUAGCUACAGACGUACCAUCAGCCACCCUUUUCCAUCCAAUGCAUCGUCAUAUGUCCCCUCUCUCUUCGAAUUCUGCAGGCACUAGACAAACAAGCGACUGGUCCUCCAAAGAGCGGCCUGCCGCAGCCCCCGUAAUGCCUGAUGUAGAAUCUCUUAGUCUGAUUUUGCCCCCCAAAAGAGAGUUGCCUUUCGCUAAGCCUGGAAGAAAAGCCGGUUCGAAGCAGCCGUCUCGUUCUCGACCACCUUCCGGGAAACAAGCAUCAAAACCUACUCAGUCUUGUGGUAGUUCCUCUUCCAUUUUCAUCUCUCAGUCACGGGCCUCUACUUCGAAUACGACAAACGAAAACCCUCCGUCCGUCACCAAGCAAGGAGGUGGCGAGGCCACGAUUACUACUGAGGCAGUCAAUAGCAGCUACGCAAAUCCCAAUCCACGUUUCCGUCGGCACUUGCCCCAGGAAAUUCUUCUCCCGGAUACUCAUAAUGUUGGGUCAAAAUCGAUAGACAUAGCUGUGGCCGAAUCCAGUACAUUGUUCGCUAACAGCGUAUCACUAGCUUAUCCCAACGACGGAAACAAUGCAUCAAGCACAAAAUCCCUCACCACAGCAGCAAUUUCAGCUAACCCACAGGCCUCGGCCGAAAGAGCCGUAGGAGGACUCAUUCCCCUUACAUCGCGGGAAAAUAUAAGCGAGAUAUCCCAAUCCGAUUUAUCGGCCUACCUAUCAACUCCAAAUUCAGAACGGACCGCUUUGGUCGAGUCUUGGGUUUGCUCGCAGCUAGAGAGUGAUGCAUUCCUAGCUCUCUGUCAGGAUGUCGAGGGCGUGUGGGGGAGAAUAGCCUUUGGCUAUUGAUAUCCAUACACAUACGCAUCAAAAUGUGUUGGUGGGAUUUCAUUGAGCUAACUGCUGUAUCAUUUUGAUAUUUAUCUUCACUAUCCCAACAUAUAUUUUAGACCCAUACCAGAAGUCAAUCACAGCUAUACAAGAAUGACCCCAGCGUAUUCCAUCACACUUACCUCCAAGCCAUUCCUUAGUAUCCAUCACGUGUCUAUGGUUCAAUUUUCCAGCGCACCCGCCAUUAUCUUUAUUGCUAGACUUAUAAAAAUUUUCAUUAAUACUUAGACAGUGAUUGCUGUUUGAUCGGAACACAAAUCAAUUAAGGCUAGUUAAUUCGUCGAAUGACAAAUGUACAGUACAUAUGAUUAAUGACACACUGAAGAAAUUGAGUAGCCGAAAAGUAACAAGGCUGCCAGAUCCAAUCAAUAAGCACUCUUAGCAUCUCAUCUUCCCGGAUGUAUGCUCGAUGGAAAGCAUAGAAUAGAUAAAAAAAAUUAAAGAGGCAGGCUAAAAUAGAUGAGGAUAACACAAUUAAAUUCAAU